AAAUAUUAUCUUAAACGGUUUCUUUUGUAAAAUUUUGGGGGGUUUUAGAAGGAAUGUUUCCAAACGGGGGUGGGGGAGGGCUAUGGGGAAAUUUUUAGAGGAGCUACUGGGAGAGAUUGUCCGGAGAAAAUUUUUUGCUUCAUGGGAGGGGUAUGGGUGAUUUUAAAAAGUCCUACGUCGACUUUCGGGGACUGAAUACGCCACUAGUUUUUAUAUUUAAUUUUUCUAGUUAUUGGUAUAUUGCUAUACCUGUUCAUUAUGUUCUUUUUGCCUGUUGGUUUGGUGUUUUCUAUUUGGCUGUUCAUUUUGGCUUAAAUGUUGUUGGUUUGCUUGAAUUUUUCCAUCUACCCGAAAAUUGGAUUCAAAAAGUGAGAGAAAUGCCUAAAGCUGCGAGUACUUUGACUGCUACUUUUAUCUUAAUCAAAAUCUUUACACCAAUUCGUUAUGCAUCAACAAUUAUUGGAACAAAUUUAACUUAUAAAGCAUUAAAACAUUUGGGAUGGCUUCGAACAGUUCGACAACUUGAAUAUCGUGGUCGUAUUGAAUUUGAAAAAUUGAUGAGAAAAAUGAAUGAAAGAAGAAUUGCUGCUGCUGCAAAAUAUAGAAAAAAGAAUGGAAAUGGAAAAGGUUUAAAUGGAGAUAAUAAAAAGGAACAAAAUUAA